AUUUUCCGGUCACAUUUAACAGAGGGACAACAAAAUGUACGGUGUGCAUACUCAAACGACCCUCAUAAAACGUUCUCUUUGGCCAACUUCAAAGAGAAUUUGUUUACUCUGAGUCGGGCGACAAAAACUCGAAAUGAGUACGCUCGUGACCGUGCUUCGCCUCCCGAGAGGACCUGAUCCGAAUGGCCGCGGAUUCGACCCGAACUCAACCCGUUUCGUCGCGCUGUGUCCAACAACUAUUUCUGCUUCGACUGAAACAUGGACUGACUCUGUCGAAGUGGGAGAAGAGCAGCGUGCACGGUCGGCUUUGAGAGAAAGCUUCCUGAGAACGCUCAUAGCCAUGACCAACAAGCAGGUGCAAUUCCACAUGUACGAGAGAGUCGAGGUUGAGGCGAAGUUUGGAGCGUCGGACAUUGACGUGCUCAACUUCCAAGUUUCGGAACUACAGACCCCCAUUGGGGUGCAGAAAGAAGCUCUGCUCAGGUGUCAGGAUGUCAUUUCAUACUCCUUUGAUCUCUGAACAGUGCUGUACACCAAUGUGUGCUGUUUUUGAGCAGAUAUCCAACAAACUGAAUCUGAUUUGUACUGUUAUUUUUAAUAUGAUUUGGUUUGACAUACAGUGCGUUUUGGGGAGUCAAUGAUGACAGUUCCAUUGCUACAGUGUUCUGUCUGGGUGAAUAUGUAGCAAGAUGUUACCAUUUAUUAUUCUGUUACUUUGAUUAAGGGGUAGACUUGUCAUAUGUUAUAUUUAUGUGGCCAGCCAGGUAUUGAGAACACUGCUAUACAGUAUGUCUAUGAUUUUUGUUUUGUAGUUUCCAAUUCAAUAUACCUCCACUGGAGAGAGAUGUCAGCACUUGUCUUUACAACGGGUAUGUCAGGGGGCACCCAUACCACCAGGUUCUCUGACACUCAGCUGUCCAUUUCAUUAGGAAGAGAUGGGAGAUAAACACAUGUCUUCAGGUGGAAUUUGGAUAUAAUUGUCUGGAAACCUGAAUCUUGCAAUUAUUUUGUGAUUACAGGACAAUGUGUUUCUUGUCUUCCUUUUCAUAAGAUCUGUUGCUGAGAUAUGUUUACCAAUGGGCAUAUGAACUUCUUUUUUUUCUUUAAAAAAAAAAGACAGAAUGUUUAGUCAGUCACUUGCAUUGAAUUUGAUAAUGUGUUCGUUUAAGUAGGCUAUAUAUUGCAGAUAAAGUGGUGGUAGUAUCGA